AUGGAAAAAGGCAAUAAUGUCACUGUGUUCAUUCUCUUGGGACUUUCUAAAAACAAGAACAUUGAGAUCCUCUGCUUUACUUUAUUUUUAUUUUGCUACAUUGCUAUUUGCAUAGGAAACUUGCUCGUAAUAAUUUCUAUCAAAAGCAGUCAGCUAAUUGAGCAACCCAUGUAUUUCUUCCUUAAUUACCUCUCAAUCUCUGACCUUUGUUACACAUCAACAGUGACACCCAAACUAAUAAUUGACUUAUUAGCAGAAAGGAAGACCAUUUCCUAUAGCAACUGCAUGACACAGCUCUUUGCUACCCAUUUCUUUGGAGGCAUUGAGAUCUUGAUCCUCACAGGGAUGGCCUAUGACCGCUACGUGGCCAUCUGCAAACCCCUGCACUACACGGUCAUCAUGAGCAGGCAGAGGUGUAACACAGUCAUCCUGGCCUGUUGUACUGGAGGAUUCAUACACUCUUCCAGUCAGUUUCUGCUCACCAUCUUCUUACCCUUCUGUGGCCCCAAUGAAAUUGAUCACUAUUUCUGUGAUGUGUAUCCUUUGCUGAAACUAGCUUGCUCUAAUACACACAUCAUAGGCUUCUUAGUCAUUGCUAAUUCAGGCUUAAUUGCUUUGCUGACCUUUGUUGUCUUGAUGUUGUCUUAUUUUUUUAUACUGUACAACGUCAAGGUGCAUUCUGCAGAGAGCUGCAGCAAAGCUCUUUCCACUUGCGGUUCUCAUGUAACAGUCGUAGUCCUGUUUUUCGCACCUGCGUUAUUCAUUUAUAUUAGACCUGGCACAACUUUCCCAGAAGAUAAAGUGCUCGCUCUUUUUUACACCAUCAUUGCCCCCAUGUUUAACCCUCUGAUCUACACGCUGAGAAACACGGAGAUGAAGAACGCCAUGAGGAAGGUGUGGUGCCGGCACACACUCUUGGAAUGA